UAGAUCACAAGGAAGUUCUAGAUUUGGCUCAGUUGCUGCCUUCCGAAGGCAGGAGUCUGAAUCUGAUGAGGAAGAAGGACAGGCAUAUUAUGCAGGAGGUUCAGAACAUGGGGGAGGGCAACAGAUCUUAGGGCCACCAAAGAAGAAGCCCAAUCCAAGCACAGAUGAUGUUGUUGAUAAGCUUUUCCAGUCGGCCAAGGAUCACGGAGCUGAAACUGUGGAGCCAGAAGAGGCCGCUGCUCGUCCCAAACCCUUGGCAUUUAAAGGAACUGGGUACAGACUUGGAGCUACAGAAGAGGACACCCAAGUUGUGCAAGGAGAGAGAGAUGCUUCACGACGUCAAGAGAAAACGAUCGUUUUGCGGAUGUGGAAGAACGGGUUUACUGUAGACGAUGGAGAACUACGAGCGUACGAUGAUCCUGCUAACCAGGAAUUCCUCAACUCCAUCAACAAAGGGGAAGUGCCCCUGGAGCUGAUCAGGAUGUGCCGUGGGCUGGAGGUGGCCUUGAACCUGGAGGACCAUCGCCACGAGGAGUGGGCGCCCCCCAGGGUCGCCGUCAAAGCCUUCUCAGGAGAGGGCCACAAGCUGGGCAGUCCAACUCCUAAUGUUGUGUCUGCUCCUGCAGCUGCAGCGGGUAGUGGUGACAGGAAAACCAACGAAGCCAAGGCACAGAGUAAUGUGGGAAUGAAGGACUCGGAGCCCACCACUAGUAUCCAGAUCAGGUUGGCCGACGGUUCGCGACUAGUCGCCAAGUUCAAUCACACCAACAGAGUCAGUGAUGUGAGGCAGUUCAUCGCUACGGCCAGGCCUGAAACAGCGGUCACUCCGUUUGUCCUGAUGACGACAUUUCCUAACAAGGAACUGACCGAUGAAAGUCAGACUCUAAAAGAGGCUAACCUGUUAAAUGCCGUCAUUGUGCAAAAGAUGAAGUGAGAUAGGUUGCAAUAAUAACACUAAUUAUUCUGGUCUGAAAAUGUUACUUUAGGAUCUCUGGAAGAGUAUGGUUAAGGUGUUAAUAUUAUAUUCAUCUUCCAUUUCCUUUGUCCCUCUCUUCCUGUUUAACACUACAUAAAAUUGCUAGUAUUAAGCUAUUUGGCUCACAGCCUCUUAGGCUUUUACCAUUGUUUGGGUCCUUCAGUCACUUUCUGAAAGUCCUUGUCGUACUAGUGUAAAGUUAAACUUGUUAAGGUAUACAGUGUUUGCCAAUGCAGCAUGUCUAAUUAGAUUUGAGGGACAUUUAAGAGUAUUGUACUUAUUAAAUAAAAGAGCAUAGUCUGGGAUUCAUUAUGUUUUGUUUAUUUAUGAUUAACCCCCCUCUGUUUAUUGGAGGGAAUGUUUACAUCAGGAAUUUGAAGGAAAUUGACAAUGUGCUAUACAAUGUACCACAAGCAUGAAGUCUGUGAUGAAGAAUCAAGGUUAAGUAGCUCAUACUUCAAACAGGAUCCACAUACAGGCUACAAAAUGGCUCUAGUCUAGAUUUAAGGUUUCGCUAAAAUGUUGUCAUUAAGGGUGAUAGAUUUGGAAAUUUUUACUUUAAGGAAUCCGUAUAUUUAUGCACAACUCCCAUCGACAUUGGUUUGUUUGAAUAUAUAUGGGACUAGUGCUUGAGCAUUCCCAGAUGGUUUUGUCAUGCUGCUUCAUAUUCUACCAUUUGUUGAUUACUGAUUAUGUGUAUGGUGUAACCAUUAACUCAAGAGCACAAAAUCCAAACCUAUGUCAUUGAAUGGGUGAGGUAGAAAAUGUUUCAGCUGUUGACGUUACCGUAUGCCAUAUAAAGGACUAUUGUCCACUUGAGUCUU